GAUUUUCAACUAUGCUUCCCUACGUUUCCUCCUAUCAGUUAGGACGUCAUUAGCAUUGGCAUUUUAUGUACAAGCUGACCUACUUUGCUGUGCUGCAAGAAGUGUAAAUAAUGCCUUCAAUAAAAUUAAAGAAGAAGACUCAGGAAUACUUGGCUGAAAAAGAAAGAAGCAAACAAUUAUCAAAGGAACCUGAAGAGGAAAAAGAAACAGAAAUAGAAAAAACUAAGAAAAAAGAUGUAAAACCAAGCCCAAAGAAAAAAGAAAAGCCACCAGUACCGGAGGCAGAAGUGCCAGUGAUAUUAGAAAAAAGAAAAAGAACUGUUCCACCUGGUGAACAGCAGUUGACAGACUGGUUUGCAGAACAUGUAGAGUCAAGGGAAGGAGCCUCCGUAUCGUAUCAGACCUUGUAUGAAUACUUCACAGAUUUCUGUGCACAACAGAAUAUUCCAGUUACCGUAGAUCCAUCACAGUUUAACAGGGAUGUCAAAGAUAAGUUUGGAAAGGAAUUUGGAAUCAAAGAAUCAUCACCUUAUAAGGGAUUAAUCAGAGAAAUAAAAGCAAAGCCAAAAUCUACAAAACCCAAGGCAGAAAGUCUAACCAUGAAAAUGAGAGAUAUUGUGGAGGAAAUUCUAAAAGAGACCGGAAAUCCUACAAAUGGAGUGAGAUUUCCCAAUAUAAAAGUAGCGACUGCAAACAAAUAUCCUGCUCUUCAAGUGGAUUUACAGCCACACAAAUUGUUACAAGCAUUGGAACGUGGAGUUUAUUAUGGACGUAUUGAACUGGUAAAAGGUACAGGGAAGUGCGGGUUUUACAGAAUAUUUGGUGCUGAACCAAGGGAAGACAUCAAAGAAAAGGAAGAGAAAGAGAAAGAAAAGGAAAAACAAAAGAAAGAAGAAAAACUUCAGAAGAAAAAAGAAAGAAAAGAAUCAGAAAAAGAAAACAAGGAGGGAGAUGAAGAACCAGCCAAAACAGAGGAAGAAACACCAAAGAAAAAAGGAACAAAGAGAAAAAUAGAGGAAAAGGGGGAUGACAAAAAGGGGGAUGAAAAAAAGGGAGAUGUAAAAAAGGAAGAUGUAAAAAAGGAAGAAGAGCCACAAAAGAAAAAGAAGAAAAAACGACAUAUUAAAAAACCAAAAUGGGAGAAAACUGAUCCACACAGUAACCCAGAGAAGAUAGAUGAUACAUUUCCUUUAGCCUUUACUUACUGUAGUGAACCCAAAGAGGCCUCAUUUGGCAAAAUCAGGAAAUAUCUAGUUGACAAUUAUCCAAGUGUAAAUGCUGAAACCAGACUGAAACCAGCUAUUGAGAAAGGAAUAGAAAAAGGAAUAUGGGAACAGUCAUCAGGAAACAGUGUUGGUCAGGGGUCUUAUCGUCUACUGCUCGAUGAUUUUGAUCCAGAAUCAAGUAAAACCAUAGAUGAUAUGAUUUGUCAGGCCAUUGUAGCCAGUCAUGAACCUAAGCAGUCCACAGUUAUAAGAAUCAAACAGUACAUCAUGGACUAUCAUCCUGAUUUUAAUAUUGAAUCUCGACCACACAAGUUCAAAACUGCCAUGGAAAGGGCAUUGAAAAAUGGUGUAAUUAGGCAAAUAACAGGAAUUGGAAUGAGUGGUACAUUUCAGCUUGCAAAACCCUUUAUUCCUCCCCCUAGAACACUAGCAGGGGUAGAAGACCUGACUGAGGAAUGGAUUGGAGAUGAAGGAGUCUCAGGAGAGAAUUAUGUGGUUCGUAAAACAAAGUCAGGACGAUAUGCAGGAAUACAGGCCUGAAAGUCUGUGUCUGUACAUUAUAUACAAAGGCAGCAUCAUUAUUUGUAUGGUAGUCAGUUGCUUGCUGUGCAGGAGUGAGAGACAUCACAUGACUUCUAUAAAGGGUCAGCUGACUCGAGGCAUAUAGGUUGGAAGUUGUUCAUUGGAUCAUCACAGUAAAACCAGGGUCAAACCCUAACAUUUGUGUUGAUAUGAUUGGAUAUCAGCUAUUGUUUAUUUGUUGUAUUAUGUAGUGAUUUGCUGUAUAUUCUUCUGGUGAAUAAUGAUUAAGAAAUUGUCAUAAAACCAGACGUCAUUAGUAACAUUUUCUUUUUUUAAUACAAUAUUUUAAGGUUUUUAUAAUAAAUGAAAAGAAUGUAUUAUGGCAUGGGUCAUUAGUUUGAAGAUAAUAUAUGACUUCUGGCAGUGUUGAAUAUGAAUACAUGUUUCUAUACUGUUUCCUUUUCAACUAUACCAUUGUGUGCAAAACAAGCCAAAAUAUAUGAAUUUGAUUAACUAAAUUUGUUUUAUAUGAAAAUAUAACUUUUGAAGAGUGCAAUAAAUUUUAUCCAAUUUUAUAUAAAGAUGAAAUGAAUAAAACUUUGAUGAAAGCUUUGUAUAGUUUUGCUGCUUAUGGUAAAUCCUGAAUUAUUUGUGUAUGUGAGGUCACUUCAUUAAAUAAUCAUCUCAAAGCAUUGUGGUCAGCAUUGUUAUGUUUAUUCACUAAAACAAGCUUUAUGUUUUGUUAAUGAUAUAUAUAUAAAACAUUGUUUUUGUGAGUACAUUUACUAGUCUGCCUGUAUUUGUGUUGCUUUUCAAAAUACAAAAAACAAGAAUCAGGCCUUGCAGUCAUAAAAAUGUGGAGUAUGAUCAGAAUUCAUCCAAUGAAAAUACUGGAUUUGUUUUUUCAAGCACAAUUUCUUUUACUCCAUUUUCCCAGUAAAGUUUUACAAAAGUAGCCUUAGCUCCAUUGCUUUUAAUGACAAUAAAACAUGCCUACUGUUGCAGGAUAUUGAGAUAAUUGUUAUUAUUAUAAGUUUUUGUUAAUUGAUGUAAUUUUAAGACAUGAUUUAUAGAGAAUCCUUGUCACAAUGUUUGUGUAAAAAAAAUGCAUCAAACAUUACUGCACCUUGGUGUAAUGAGUGAACAACUGCCCAACAACAAAUGGAAAUUUUUAACGACCUUUACUGGCUAUACAGCUCUUGCACGGUCAGUACAGCUGCCCAGAUGACAUGGGUUAUUUUAUAUAUCACAAAUAUCAAGAUUUGCUGUAGGAAAUUCAAUGAAUUCUGGGUAAUGGGUUAAAUUUACAAGAGUACAGUAAUAUAUUGUUGUUGGUUUUAAUAUCUGGAAUAAAUGAAUAUUUAGCCAGUUGUGUAUCAUUAUUUAUAUUGUGAGCAUACAAUGAAAUUACUGUGAGUCCUAUAGAUUAUGUAAUGAUGAAUUGACAUUUAAACUAGUUUGGUAUUUUCGUUUUAUAUGCUUAUAAAAGUUAGGUUACUUAGUUAAUGAUAAAAUCAAUUAAGCCUAACAGAUUAUUUAAUCAGUUAUCAUCGAGAGUGUAAAUUCAUUGAAUCAUGGUUAUAUGAAAAUUUAUAUUUAUGAAUUCCAUGUGAAAUAUAAAAUAGUGACAUGCCUCACUAAUGAUAUUUAUUGCAAUUGAAUUAUUUUUCAUUUUGUUUACUUAUUUGCCUAAUGGACAUUUUUAUUUAAGUAAGUUUAUGUUAUGUUAAAUUGAAUUUUGCUUAUAUUUCUACAAUACAUUGAGCAUAAAUUUGCCAAACAUUUAUAUUCGUUUCAUUCUUAUUAAAAUUAGCAUUGAUCUUUAUGAAGGGCAUUUUAUAAGUGUGUUUUUUUAAAUCAGAAUUAUGAUCAUAUUUAUGGCAUAAUUGGUAAAACACUUUUCUUUUGACUGAUCUUUCAUGGUUUUACAAUGUUUACUGCCAUGCAACAUAUAUAUUUAUGCAUCUAUAAACAAAUAAUUUUUAUUGUCCUUCUGCACAAAACUCAAAAAGGAAAUUAAUGCAAACAAUUUUUUGGUUUUUCCUUUUUCGAGUAUGUUACAUCGUUAUAUAUUUAGUAUGCAUAUAUUUUUUAAUUGAUGGUCGUUCACAAGAAAGAUUUUUAUUCACAAAUUAGCAAACAUGGCUGCAAAUGCAGAAAAGAGCUUUACAUUAGAGAGAACAUGAUAAAGUGAUUCAAUAAUGACGUCAGAAUUUGUUAAUGUACCAAAUAUUAGUAAUGUAGGCUUCAUGAAGCUCGUCUGUUUAGAUAUUAAAUAUAUUACCUUUUUUGUUUAUUUGUUUUUCAAAAGUGUAAUUUUUAUUGACUGUUAAACCGUUUCUGUUGUUUUAUAAAGUAUACUGAUUUUAUAUCUUAUAAAUAUUGCUUGUUUUGCUUCUACAUUUUUCAUAUUCAGAUGUUUUAUGUAUAUUUUUUUGUUUUCUUGUUAUGAUAAAUAUAUUACAAUUAUUCUUGAUAAUGUAUGUGUAUACAACAUUUUUUGACAGUUUGAGAAGCUUUAGAUCUUCAUUUUAAUGUGUUGAGCACUGCCAAAGUAGUCUUUAUAUCAAUAAUUAGAAAAUGUAAUUCAGUGUAAAAAAA